GAUUCGAGUUCGUACUCCGUAGUUUGUUUAUAAUUAUAUUAUUAUCGAUUUACAUAGACUGUAAUCGCUAUUUAAUGUGAAUUUCAUUGUUGAUUGUCAACAGUUGCAUAACAUUAAACUGCUACAGGUCUGUGAAAGUGUGAACUCUUGAACGUAAAUAUACCAAGUUUUCCACUGCAACAAUCGUCGAUCGUUCCGAUUUACAAAAUUUUAAUUGUGUGACGUCCAUUCGGUCCGUACGACGUACAAUCAUGUUUACAAAAAUCAUGUCACAAAUUAAUAACAAAGGCAUCCCGUUGACGCCAAUGUCCAAGAAAAUGAUGCCAAGCAUGUACAAGACUACUGUCGCUUUGAAAACAUGGGGUCUGUCCGGAUUAUCUUUUGGUGUAACAAGUUUUGUACUGCUUUGUUAUGUAACUGAGUGGCGCACUGUGUUACAGUUUUGCCCUUACUACAACGGGAAGUAUAAUCAAUUGGAUAUUGAAGAUAAAUUGAAUGAAAUCCAAGCGACAGCAGAUAAUAAAGAACGUAAAGAAAAUUCUUUAAGAGAUUUUCAGCAUGAGAGAGAUGUACAAUUCGACAGUAAAUAAUAAUAAUAAUAAUCCGAGUAAACAAAUGUGAAUGAACCAUGUACCUAUCUUAGUAUACAUAUUUUUCAACAAAUAUUAUUUAAGGAAUUUGUGUAAUUUAAUAUUAAAUUGCAUUAGUAAUAAAUA